UGUGUGGAGAGCAAAGACGUAAAAUGUAAAACAUCCAAUGUUUAAUACUUUUACAUUACAACUCUUCAUUAUCCAACCCUUUUGGUUAUCAAAUUUGUUCUCAUUUUCUUGGAUUUAAAUACAUCAUGUUGCUGUUUUUGUUCAUAAAGGUUAGCCAUGUACAAGGAAGGGAUGCAGCUCUAUCUAUUCCGGUGCAGCGGGAAAAGGAUCGAGUAGAAGAGAAUGGUGAUGGUUUAUCGAUCUUUUCAUCGAUACCGGAAAAAGAAAACGAGGAGUUAAUUAUACUGAGACGACAAGUGGGGGAUCUCCAGAUAAAGUUAUCAGAGAAGGAGGAGCUUCUGAGGAAGCAGAAUAAUGAUGUUCAAGCAGAACUUGAUCAAGUGAACCGAGUUGCUGCAGAAAAGGACUCUUUAAUCAACUCAAUUCAGCUGCAGCUAUCUGAUGCCAAGAUUAAACUAGCAGACAAGCAGGCUGCCUUGGAAAAGACACAAUGGGAAGCAAUGAAAUCCGAGCAAAAGUUGGAGAAACUGCAAAAUGAUAUAAACUCCAUGCGAGGGGAAUUUUCAUCAUUCAUGCCGUUGUUAAAUGGUUUGACGAAGAAUACGCAUACAAUACGUGUCGAAGAUUACGAUGUUGCGCCGUAUCAUUUGGAGCAUCUCCCUUACAUAGAUGACAUAGAUGAUAAGGAGAUGCCAAAAAUCGAAGAAGCGAGACAGCUUACAUCGCCGCUCUCGAUGUUGCCAAAGAGAAGCAAGAUGAAGAAUCCCUUGCUGCAGCAGCUGAUGCAAGGUUAUAUCUUCAAUCCCUUCUUUACAAAUCCGAAGAAUUUCUUACAUUCGCACAGAACUCAUUUAUGUAAUAGUCGAGGAUGGAUUGAGAGGGAUGUUAUUGAGACAAUCACACCCAUAAAAAUUUAA